GUCCAGGAAGCGCCUCUGCCUCCCACCUCUCCCCGGCAGGAGCGAAUCAGCUGACGAAUGGUAUCUCCGUACUCUCCCGGAUGGAUCGCUCCGCUGAGCCCGGACAGCCUGAGCGCUAGCUGACACCGGAGCAGGUUGCCCGCGCCGCUUGCUCUCCUCCUGUUGGAUGUCAGACGGACCUAGCUUCGAGUUAAAGCUUUCGCCACUGAAAAAAAAAAAAAAGACACCACGCUAUUUAAUUUCCACCGCAUCUUUCGGAUAGGAAGCAACCCGCUUCCCCUCACCAUGGCUUCCAACUUCAACGACAUAGUGAAGCAGGGGUACGUGAGGAUACGGAGUAAGAAACUGGGGAUCUUCAGGAGGUGUUGGCUGGUAUUUAAAAAGGCUUCAAGUAAAGGACCCAGGCGGUUAGAAAAGUAUCCAGAUGAAAAGGCAGCCUACUUUAGGACUUUCCACAAGAUCACUGAGCUCCAUAAUAUCAAGAACAUCACGCGGAUGCCACGGGAGACAAAAAAGCAUGCAGUCGCGAUCAUCUUCUGUGAUGACACCUCCAAGACGUUUGCCUGUGACUCAGAGCUGGAUGCUGAGGAGUGGUGCAAACUGCUUUGUGUGGAGUGCCUGGGUACCCGUCUCAACGACAUCAGCCUGGGAGAGCCAGACCUGUUAGCAGCAGGAGUGCAGAGGGAGCAGAACGAACGUUUCAACGUGUACCUUAUGCCCACACCGAACCUGGACAUCUAUGGAGAGUGCACCAUGCAGAUCACCCACGAAAACAUCUAUCUGUGGGACAUUCACAACGCUCGCCUCAAACUCAUCAUGUGGCCCCUCAGCUCCCUGCGCAGAUACGGCCGGGACUCCACCUGGUUCACGUUUGAGUCCGGAAGGAUGUGUGACACAGGAGAGGGUUUGUUUACUUUCCAAACCAGGGAGGGGGAGAUGAUCUACCAGCGGGUCCACUCGGCCACGCUGGCCAUCGCCCAGCAGCAUGAGAGGAUGAUAGAGGAGAUGGAGAAGAGCUCCCAGUUUCAUUCCAGAGAGACGUUAACCAAGUCCAUCUCCCUGCCACGCAGCGCCUACUGGCAGCACAUCACGCGCCAAGCCAGUGUGGGGGAUCUCUACAGUUACCAGGGGAGUGGUGGAGAGGAAAGACUAACAGACAGAGGGCGGUCGAUGACUUUUAUCCCCCGAGCACAGACGUUCCCCAGUUUUCUGUCUGAUGAACCCGAGCAGGAGGAGAGAAUCCACCUCCACCAAGAAGAAGCUCCGUCGCCCUCUAGUGGCUGCGAAUCCAGUUGCAGCCUCAGACCGCUUCAAUGACAGAAAGCGGCUCUAGCAGCUGUGGACACUCAACCCUUCACUGUAGAGAGGAUUCAGCAAUCUGUAUAGUGAAACGUGUAACAUACCUGUAGAAGCUGUAGAAGGAUCCUGGAGGAUUGUGAUUUGUGACUGCAGAGGUAGCUUCUAAAAGUGCACCAAAAAUCCUCUAAGUGUAAUUUAAAGUGUUUUUUGUUGCCAUUGUUCUGUUUAGCUCUGCAUGACCUGCUACUUCCUCAACUUUUUUUAAAGCAAAGUACUUGGAGAAAAGUUAAAGGCACUGUCAUCUGAAGAUUUGCUGUAAAACAGCUUUAAAAAGCUUUUGUUCUAAAGUUGAUGAAAUAACAUUGGGCGUAAUCCGGAGAGGUGCUGUCUCAGCAGCGGGUUCAAGAGAAACUCCACCAGAUUUGACAACUAAUCCUCCCCCACUAACCCCCCCCCCCCCCCCAUCAGCUCUGUCACAGGAAUGUGAAAUCGAUCAAUGCGUUACACAAAAAAACUGUUUGAUGUCAGUGGCAGCAAUGAAUCAGCUAAACUUUCCUAAUCAGUUCCAACCAGCAACAAAAAAAAGAAAAGUCAUUCAGAAAUGGGUUGGGGCGGACCGUUGUGUCAGAGAUGAUAAAAAGCAGGCUCUGCUUUAAGCUGCUGGCAUUACUUUUCACUUCAGCAAAUUGACUUUAAUAGUAUCUGAGCUCUUCCGAAGCUCCGUCUGUCAGAAGUUACUGAUAAAGCUGUUCAUUAGCAAAAAGAUGGAAAAAAGAGCCACCUGAUGGGGUGAUGGGUUAUGCAAAGCAGAGAUAAAAUUCACAUCUGGCCUCUAUAAUAAGCUAUGUUUAUUCAGGAGGAAAAACAUGACAACAUUAGACAUUCGGGGAAAGUUGUUUUUGAUGUUUUUUGUAGGUUUGGGAAACUUUUAUAAGGUCUGACAUGAGAUGUCUGCGUUAAAUUAAAUUCCAGCGUUCCUAACCAGUAAAGUGUGGAGUUUCAUUUUAUUAUUUCCAAGUUUCCAGGAGUUUUUUCAUCAUUCCAUUUGCCAAUAAUAAUCUAACAAAUAAAAAUUUUGUUUUGUUUUAAAUUGAUCUAUAUGCUUUAGGUUAUACUGAUUUGCUACAUCACAACCUACAGUACAACAAUACUUAAGUGUUGGACUUUCUACAUUUUCUAACUUUACAACAAACUAUUUAUUGUGAUAAACACAAAGUUGUGAUUGACAGUGAAGUGGAAGAAAAAAAAAACAUGGUUUUCAAAAAAAAAGUUUCCCUACAAAAAAAUUUGCUUUUGUGGCCUACAUUUAAAAACUGAUGUGCAGCAGAAAACUAACACUGAACAUCACCCUGAAGCCCCUAACCUGAAACUUUAUGGUGGCAGCGUCAUGCUUGGGUAAUAAAACCCAACUAAGUAUUUUCCCUCAAAUGAACACAGUGCUAAAAAAUCUGGAAAUUUGAUUCGGGAAAGGAAUGGAAUUUAGAAAUAGAAACUCUGGAAAUCUCUUUACUCACAUGACUAACCGACUCCUUCACGUGUGAUUAUUCUUCUAGACAAAUCCUAGUGAUAAUCCUAGUAAUCGGUCCGACCAUCCACAGUGUGUCAUUUUCCUGCUCUUGUUGCUUACGUUUCCUGCCUUCUCUCGCCAUUAUUACUGCCAAAGAAACUCCUAAUAUAUUGGUUUAUAAAAAAAUUUAUAAGCUAUCAUUGAUCCAAGAAAAAAGUGACAGAAAGACAGGACAGAGACAGAACAGCUCAAUUAAGAAUCCGUCUGUUCCUGCAGCUCCACUGACAGUGCCGCAGUAUUAACAGUAUUUGGUAGGCUUCUGGUGUCUCAGUGCUAUGGCUCAGACCAUUUAUCCUAACUUGCACAAAAUGUUUGUCAAACAGCGAAUCAGUCAACCAGACGUAUGUGCCCACUUUCUCUUUUCAUUAAUGACAAAUGGUAGGUUAACAAGGCAGGGCUGCAUUUUGCUAACAAGAUACAUUUCCUCUUCCGCGUUUAUAGAAAGGUUUAUGCUGUGGCUCUGAAAAGUGAGGUUAAUGCAAAGUGCCUUAAAUGGGAACUCUUUAUAGGAACAUCUGCCCUGUUACAGCAUGCCCCUUUUUAUUUUCUUGGUGAGUUUAAACAAUGAAGCUGUAAAGUGAGCAGCAAUGCUCAUUGUAGCGAAGUCCCUUCCAUUUGCUGACCGUAGGAACAGCACUUAAGCAGCAGCCCCUUUCUUGGCUGGAAAGUAGUUUAAAAGAAAGACACAAUACGUCUGAGUUGUUCAUCUGGUCCGUUCACUCCACAGAGACUAGUUUGAUGUGGUAUAAUGGCUUCUGCUGUGGUCCCACGUGGUUUUUGCUUUGACUUGAUGUGUAUUUACUGGCCCAGGGCCCUAUAUAAAUGUUGGCUGGAGGUGUGUCCCUAUCCUGACUAGUUUUCUCUGUCUAGUUGGAUAAAGUAAGCUGGUUUUAAAAUCAUGAUUUAUUUCAGGCUCUCUAUUAAUCAAAACUGUUUAUUGAGGCAUUAUGAGCCCAUAACAGGUAAAAUGGACUUCUGGUAAGUAACAAUCCUUCUUAUAGUUGUAAUGUAUGUCUUAAAAAAAAAACAAGAUGGCGUCAAACAGAAUCCAAUAACCUCAAAGCAGUUGUUGAAAGCAAAAGAGAUGUUCUUGUGAUUAUUUUCAUCUUUUGUAAACUAAGUUUUUUAACCAGCUGAACAAAUGGGAUCCAUGUUGUUGAUCUUCAGAGGCCCUUGUGUUAGCAAAAGUAAGCUAGCUGUUGCUGUUUCCAGUUCUCUUUGAAAAACUCAGCAGUCUCGUCAGUUCUGUGGUUAAUAAACAGACAUGGUGUUAAUCUUAGUUUUAGCAAAAAUGUGUUGCUAAAACAUUACUAAACUGUUUUUAAAAGAGUGACAGGUUUUCUGUGUGUUAGUAGCAAGAUGAGCUUCCAAGAAGGAAUGUUUGCAGUGUAUCUAAAAUACAGUAAUAGGAAUACCGUCACUAAAUCCUGUUUAUCUUGCAUGAAUCAAAUGCAUCUUAAAAAACCAACUCCAUGUGAGUCUAGUGCCUUCAAAUGCUGACUGCAGAUGGUGACAUUCAACCAAAGCAGAUUUGGGAAUCUAAGUUUGCUUUUGUUACUUUAGGUUAUACUCUACAUAAAAAAAAUAAUAAAAACUUCCGAAAAUGUUGACACACCGCCAUGCUGUCUAAAUAAAAUGAUAUUUACUGCUUGCUGUCCACCAUCAAGCUUCACAUAAUGACCUUACAGAAAAACUAUGAUUUACCACAUCACAGUGUGAACACAAGGACUUAAAAACAAAUUGUAUACUAUAAAUUUCUGUGAGAAUUAUAGUCUUCUUUCAGGAAUCUUGCCAGUAGUAUGAAGCAACGAGUGGGGGAGAGGCAGCACUUUCCUAUCCUAAACUCCAAACAGCAGGAGAAAACUCCAGUCUCUUCAAACGAUUUCUCUGGCGUCUCGUGAAAAAUGUGUUUUAAACUCCAGGAACUCGGCCCAUGCCUACACAAACUAGAGAUGGAACAUUUUUCUCCUGCUUUGCAGAGUAAAGUGGGUAAAAACAAAAUGGUUUCCAUUGACAAUCAAAUGUAGGCUGCCAAGUAGCCUUUUUCAGGUAUGAGUUCUUUUGUUCCUGAUGUCAUGUCAUCGCUUUAUGUCUGUAAAUUCACUCCUAUUCCCAAUGAGCUGGAGAGUUUCAAGCACGUUUUGUCUUAAGAAUACAUUUUACAGUCGUCGAUUUAUUUAUUUCUUUUUAGGGAGACAUGUUGAGCCACAGUUAUGACCUAGUUGUCUCGUUUUAGCUGCAGUGUGGUGAAAUGUAUGUAAAAUAGUCCCUCUCUGUUUGGGGUCGCACUCACUGAAUGGAGUGGAUAAACACUCCAGCUGAUUGUGCUCAUCUGCCAUUUUUGUUGUUUACCGUAUUUACGUGUUUGUAGAGAUGUUACGAUGUUUUGUGUUCUCUAAGUUUAUAUGUUAAUAGCACUUUGAAUACACCGGUGUAGGACUGCAGUUUUCACAUAUGUACAUAUGCAAUGUUUUUGAUGAAUAUAAGGAUAAUAAAUUGAAUGUUCAUAUCA